CACACAGAGAAGUAGAGAAGCGCACAUCAGUCGGUUCCAAUUGAAAAUUUGAAACUAUUUUCACGGCCGAAUCUCUCUCUCAAUUGAUUCGCAGAACAAAUGGCCCUUCGAACCCUCGUCAGUGGGAAAACCCUAGGUGCGUUAUCGAGGUUUCAGCAACAGAUUCGUGGACUGCAGACGUUUACGCUUCCCGAUCUGGCCUACGAUUAUGGUGCACUGGAGCCGGCGAUUAGCGGAGAGAUUAUGCAGCUCCAUCAUCAGAAACACCACCAGACUUACAUUACCAACUACAAUAAGGCUCUCGAGCAGCUUGAUGACGCCAUCGCCAAGGGUGAUGCCUCCACCGCUGUCAAAUUGCAGAGCGCCAUUAAGUUCAAUGGCGGAGGUCAUGUGAAUCACUCUAUUUUCUGGAAGAAUCUUGCUCCUACUCAUGAAGGGGGCGGUGAACCACCACAUGGUUCUUUGGGCUGGGCUAUCGACCAGCACUUUGGCUCUAUGGAGAAAUUGAUUGCCAAGAUGAAUACUGAAGGUGCUGCUGUGCAGGGCUCUGGAUGGGUGUGGCUUGCCGUGGACAAGGAAUUGAAAAGGCUUGUGAUUGAAACAACUGCGAACCAGGACCCACUGGUUACAAAAGGUGCAAGCUUGGUUCCCCUGAUCGGCAUAGACGUUUGGGAGCAUGCAUACUACUUACAGUACAAAAAUGUUAGACCAGAUUAUUUGAAGAAUAUUUGGAAAGUGAUCAACUGGAAGUAUGCCAGUGAAGUGUAUAAGAAAGAAUGCCCUUAAAGUAAGAAUCUUGAAGAUGUAAUAAAGAAGCCCCAUUUUGCCCUUUGUGUAUGCAAAACAUAAAUAAACCCUUGUCAUCUGGUUUUUGCUGGCUUGUAAUCGUAACUUCCUCUUUAUGUACCCAACUUUUCAUGCUUGAUGGAUAAUGAGAUGUGCCUUGCUCUUAUGAACC